UGACAUUUUGAUGCAGUCAUGCAGCCUCAACAUACGCCAUUCACAAGUAAUAGCUGCUUUUCUUCAACUAUAAAGUUCGUUCAUCUCACCACUCUGUUCUACGAGAACUUUAUUCAACUUGACCUAUAUUAGAGCUUGACCUAUCUUAGAGAUACAGCAGCACCAACAACUACAAGAUGGCGGCAAUCAAUACCAGCUUAAUCUAUGUCCUGAAGAAUAGCUUCACGGCUGCAGCCAAGAUUCUUUCUCAGAGAUCUGAUGGCUCCCUUGCCAUGGUCAGCGCAACCAAUGUUACAUCCGACAGCCUCUGGUUCCUCACUCCCUCACUUCUGCCUCACCAUUACCGUCUUCACACUAUUGCCAACGGUGUGCAGCAGUCCCUUGAUGUCAUCAAUACUAAUGGAGUGCAAAGCACUGGGCUCCACAUGACUGGGACAGGAGAUUAUUCGGGCCAAUAUUGGGAAUUCAAGGACUCGCCAGCAGGGCAGCACUAUCCAUACAGGCUAAGCAACACCUUCACGGGACCUCAUGAGUAUUUGGAUGUUACUUCAGACACGUUUGUGGCUUUUCUAUCCAGUGGUGAUCACACUGGACAGUUCUGGGCACUGAUCCCUUCGAAUACCGUCGUGGUGAUUCCAUCUUAAUGAUUACUAUGUAUUCAUAAUGUAGCUGUCUUGCGAGAAGCAAUGAUAGCUAAACGACAUCGCGAGUUACACUAGCUGAUUCGACUUCCUUACAGCGCAAUUUGAGUGGCGAUGGCUAGAAACUAUGAUGCUAAUGGCAAGAGGCCGCUGCAGCGGUCAUAUUUGCCAACUUGUGGGCUGGGCUUGUGAGAUUUGAAGUUUAUCUUAAACUUGAGAGUGUGAAAUCGGUAGCGGAAGAAAAAAAAGGAAAAGGGGAAAAAAAACCUAUUCAUAUGCCUAGUGCUGUUUUCUUAUCUAAAUGAUUAGCAACAUUCUCUUCUUUUCCUCUUUUUUUAGCUCAUAAAUCUAUUUAAUUUACCGUUGAACUUGAGGAAAUAGAUU